UUACCAUUAUUGUUACUCGAGAUUUCAUUUCGACAACACUGCGGAUUAUCAAUCAUCAUGAGUGGACGUGGUAAAGCAGGUAAAGCCAAGGGCGGCAAGUCCAAAACCAGAUCGUCUCGCGCUGGACUCCAAUUCCCCGUCGGACGUAUUCACCGUCUGUUGAAAAAGGGAAACUACGCGGAACGUGUUGGUGCCGGUGCGCCGGUUUACCUGGCUGCCGUCAUGGAGUACUUAGCCGCCGAAGUUUUGGAAUUGGCCGGUAACGCUGCCCGUGACAACAAGAAAAGUCGUAUCAUUCCCAGACAUUUACAAUUAGCUAUCAGAAACGACGAAGAGCUGAACAAAUUGUUGAACGGUGUAACCAUCGCCCAAGGUGGUGUGUUGCCCAACAUCCAGGCCGUUCUUUUACCCAAGAAGACGGAUAAAGUGAAAACCGCUUGAUCAAAUUUCUACCAUGCUAUCCCGCUAAAACGGCCCUUUUCAGGGCCACCAAAUUUAU